GCUGCUUUUUCGCUACAAAGGAAACCUCGCCAGCCACAAGACUGUCCAUACAGGAGAGAAGCCGUAUCGCUGCAACAUCUGUGGUGCUCAGUUCAACAGACCAGCUAACCUCAAGACCCACACUCGUAUCCACUCAGGAGAAAAGCCAUACAAAUGUGAGACAUGCGGAGCUCGAUUCGUGCAGGUUGCCCAUCUCCGUGCCCAUGUGCUGAUCCACACCGGGGAGAAGCCAUACCCGUGUGAGAUCUGUGGAACGCGCUUCCGUCACCUGCAGACGCUGAAGAGUCACCUGCGCAUACACACAGGAGAAAAGCCCUAUCAUUGCGAGAAAUGCAACUUGCACUUUCGCCACAAGAGUCAGCUUCGAUUGCACCUCAGACAGAAACACGGAGCGAUUACCAACACCAAGAUCCAGUACCGCAUGUCUACCACAGAGCUGCCAACAGACCCGACCAAGGCGUGCUGAACCCGAGCAGGCAGAUAGUCUAACAGACGGGCCAAUCUUGACCACGGCAUUCAAUGACU